AUGGUAGGGCUAUGGGUGACUGGUCACCCGGCAAAGCGGGAGGCCGCGAUAGAGCUGCAUCGUAGACUAAGUGAUGCUAUCCGAGCACAAGAGGGAUCCUGGUCUAUGUCCCAUUCAGACUUGCAGCGAACCAGUCAUACGCCAUGGCCCAUAGCGACCUAUCAGAGUAUCCUUCUCCAGAUAAUCAUGGCCGCACUUCUUGCGAAAGAACGGGCAUCAGCUGAUCUUAGCCUCCGGGUGCAACUUGACGCAGAUGACUAUUAUCUGUUGACUACUCUGGUCCGCAGCUGCCGAGAAUUGGGUAUGUUUUGCUACCCAAAUAUGGUAGAACAGCACAGCCCCGCAGCACCCCUAGCGAUGAUUUGGGUCAAUGUUGAAGAGAUCAAGCGAUUCGGAUUCAGCCUUUACAAACUAUGUCGAGUGACUAGUCUGGUUGGCUCAACAGAAUCGAACGCCGGUAUGCGAACUGAACUGUUGACCGUAGCGGAUUUGGAAUAUUGCAUGCCUGAUAGCGAUCAAUUUUGGGACGCCCCCGCCGUGAUCGAUGAAAAUGAGCGCCAGCAGAUGAUUUCACAAUCGAACCGGCGGGAGGGCAUGGAUCCCCAUGGGUGGGUCUCAUAUGCUGCACGGGUGCUAUGUGAUGCCCAAGUCAAGUUUGAGUGGAUAUAA